CAGGAGUAUUCCUGUGGCCCAGGACAGUCACUUGGGGGAGGGAGGUCAGAUCAGCAGGUAAUGGAUUUGUCCCUGGUGCUGGAGAGAAUCUUCGCCACUGAUAGGAUCUUUGCUGUGAGGUGGAGACAGGCAAACUACUCAAUGGUGAGAAGGUGUGCAGGUUGGGCUGUCGGGACGCUCUGAUAAGAUCCGAUCUGCUGGGCGGGGAGGCCCAGCCAGCCAGGCAGCUCUGCCAUUGGUUGCUGGCCUCAGAGAGUAGUGAGUAGUGUUUGUUCUGGAGCCAAAGCCUCCAGGCAGAAUCCAGGGAGGGAGAGCUCAGAGUGGCUGCCCCACGGGGCAGGUAGACAGGCAGCCCCCCUCCCCUGCUGGGCACCUGAGACACCCCCUCUCUGCCUCUCCUCAUAGGCACUCCCUGGAGAACAGAGCAACUCCCAGCCAGGCUCUCUCCGUGAGGAGCUGGUGGUGGCCUGGCCCAGGGCAGACACUGACACUAGAGAAGUGGCCACAUCAACGCCACCGGGAGGAGGGAUUGGGUCCCUUGUGGCCCACACCAGAAUCUUGAGAGGGGCUGCUGGACACCCUGCUUUGCCAUUCUAGGGGUUCCCAGUUCAUGUACCUCAUGUCCUCUGCUAGGGAGGGGGCUUCUCAGAAUAUCGGGCCAAAUGGGUCACAAUCCUGGUCGUACUGUAUCCAGGGCACUUUGGAUGAAUGAGGGGGGCUGGUCCUUGCUCUGGGGACAAGGCAGCCCCAGAGGCAGGCAGUGCAGACAGAGCUAGGAAAAUUGAUGCUCUUCCGACGGCCAGAGCCCAGGUGAGUCAGGGCCCAUGGGAACCGGGCUUUCCAGGAGGAAAGCCGAGCUGCUGGGCAUGAGAGGGUCUGGGACCCCUGGGAACUGGGACACAGGAAGUGAGUGGGCAGGAGGGGCACUGGCGAGGCUUUCAGGGUGCUCACAGGAUGGGAGAACAUCACCCCUCUGCCCUUCCCCUUGUUUGUACGUGCCCGCUGCGGUGUCCCAUCUGUUCCUUGUUAGAGACUCAACAGACAGGCCUCCAGGAGAUUAAUUAAUGCCAAGCUGCUGCAGCCUGCUUGCCCUGGGGCCCCAUCCUGGCAGCACAGACACUCGGCUGACCCCAGAGUGCUACUGAAUUCCCACCCAGUGAUCUUGAAAACACAAGGAGCCGUGUUGUUGGCAGAGCCGGGCCCCUGAGGUUUGAUGGCAGAGAAGGCUUAGCUAGCAGCAGGAAGAGGCUGCAAGCAAGCACCAGGCAAAGGAACUGUUAAAACAAUGCUGAGGCGGGCGAGGUGAGGAGCAGCCCUGACGGACGGACGGACGCAGACAGACCACAGACAGAGCAUCUGGAACAGGUGAUCAGAAGAGUCGGAGACCGAGGCCACCUGGGCAUCCCUCCCUUGCCUUGGCCCAGCCCGGUGCCCCGCCCCGAAGACGAGCCGGUGGGGCCACCAUGGCGACCAAUUUCAACGACAUCGUCAAGCAGGGCUAUGUGAAGAUGAAGAGCAGGAAGCUCGGAAUCUACCGGAGGUGCUGGCUGGUGUUCCGGAAGUCCUCAAGCAAGGGGCCCCAGCGGCUGGAGAAGUAUCCAGAUGAGAAGUCUGUGUGCCUCCGUGGCUGCCCCAAGGUGACCGAGAUCAGCAAUGUCAAGUGUGUCACGCGGCUCCCCAAGGAGACCAAGCGGCAGGCGGUGGCUAUCAUAUUCACUGAUGACUCCGCACGCACCUUCACCUGCGACUCAGAACUGGAGGCGGAAGAGUGGUACAAGACACUGUCUGUGGAGUGUCUCGGGUCACGGCUCAACGACAUCAGUCUGGGAGAGCCUGACCUCUUGGCCCCAGGGGUGCAGUGCGAGCAGACAGAUCGCUUCAAUGUCUUCCUGCUGCCCUGUCCCAACCUGGACGUAUAUGGCGAGUGCAAGCUGCAGAUCACCCACGAGAACAUCUACCUCUGGGACAUACACAACCCCCGCGUCAAGCUCGUCUCGUGGCCUCUCUGCUCGCUGCGCCGCUAUGGCCGGGAUGCCACGCGCUUUACCUUUGAGGCAGGCCGGAUGUGCGAUGCUGGGGAAGGGCUCUACACCUUCCAGACACAGGAAGGGGAACAGAUUUACCAGCGGGUCCACAGUGCUACCCUGGCCAUCGCUGAGCAGCACAAGCGGGUCCUGUUGGAAAUGGAGAAGAACGUGAGGCUGCUGAACAAGGGCACUGAGCAUUACUCGUAUCCCUGCACACCCACUACCAUGUUACCCCGCAGUGCCUACUGGCACCACAUCACAGGUUCCCAGAACAUUGCCGAAGCCUCCAGCUAUGCCGGUGAGGGGUAUGAGGCUGCCCAGGCCAGCUCAGAAACAGAUCUCCUCAACAGAUUCAUCCUGCUAAAGCCAAAGCCCAGCCAGGGGGACAGCAGUGAGCCCAAGACCCCUUCCCAGUGACAGCAGGGCUGGUGGGCACCAACAACUGCUGCGGCCACUUGUUGCACAGCUGACUGCAGUGUCCUGUGGAGAAGACAGCCUCGAGGGGCUGUUGGCCCAGGGCCUGGAGAGAGGGAGCGAGCUGUCCCUCCCUUGCCCCCAAGGGUGUGGCUGGACCAAGGCAAAGGGCUGGCCACCCACCUGAGCAUGUGAGGGGCUGAGCUACUGUGGGACUACAUACUGUUCAUGAUUUUAAUAUAUAUGGCUUAGGACAUACUCUAUAUAAUGAGAUUCCCCCAUCCCUCCUACCAACACAUAAUACAUUUUUUAAUCCCACGACCAAGCCAUGGUCAAGGUGGUUUUUGAGUAUUAGGGCAGCUGUUUCCCUGCCCUCUGUUGUACAGCCCUCCUGCUGCCAGGACCUGAGCUGCCAGGACCAGCAGAGGGGGACAAUCAGAACUCAAGGCUGGCAUGCCUGUUAGCUUUUCCCAAACAGCCCAGGAGCCAAAACAGGAGGUGGCUCGUCAGUUCUCUGGGCCUAGAGUGAUGCAGGAAGGAUCCAAACUUUCGCUGCGCCACUUGGCAGCCUUCCACUUGGAGUUCUAAGCAGAGGUGACAUCUGGUUGAUGCCUCAGGUGAAAAUCUGGUUUAAAAUGUACUUCUGCACAGGCUGCUUCCUGCUUAGCAGGCUAUGAAGAUGCCCUUGGAGUGGGGGUGCUGUUACCUCAGUCGGGUGCAGGAUGGGGGGGCCAGGCGGGAAGGCCGUGGCAGGACUGCUAUGGGGAGUACCCCUGCUGCUCCCUCUCACUGCAGGGUGGAUGCUGCCCCAGGAGGGGAAGCCCCUCCACCCUAAGCUUGGCCACCCCAUACCAGAGCACUCAGAACCAAGACCUUCCCAUCCCUGCUCCCCACAUGGUGCUGAGGCUCCCUGCUGAAAUGCAAUUAAAGCAAUUGAUUUUCUAGUGCUGGUAUUUAUUGACUACCGUGCAGAAGGGCUAUCUUUCUAUUCACAUCAAACCUUUGGUUGCGUGGAUUUUUGUUGAUUGUUUUUUUAAUAUUUUAGAGUUCUGAUUUGUGGGAACAGACCUUCUUGUAAAUAACCACUAUUCAUAUUUGUGGCAGGAUAAUGACAAAGCAGAAGAGGCCCCUCCCAAAGGAGCCCUAGAGCCAGAGUGGUGGCAUAGCCAGCUCAGCUCUGAAUGUGACCCAGGGAAUGACCACCCAGAGCAAACUAGGGUGCAAGCGAGAUGGGGUCCAAAGGCCUUGGGGAGGGAGAGAGAGCUGGCUGGGUCAGCUAGUGGCACGAUAACGCAUGAAGGAGAUUAUGUUGUGCUCUUUAUUGCCAAAAAUAAAAACUUUUAAAAAGA